CGAACGUAAACCUUUGUCUCAUCCCCGCUUCGUCAAAUCAGCCUCCCCAACGAACAUCAUCAACCUCACCUAGGACCUCGGGACAAUGGCAUCGGCUGCGUUCACCACCGGCAAGCUCGUCGGUUUUGCAGGAGCUGCAUGGCUGUCAGGCACGAUCGCGUCCCUCUCCUUAGUCUCGGUGCCUGCCGUGACAAAAUCGCUCAAGGAAGAUGGUCUGUCCGCUGCGCACGCAGUCAAAGUCUGGAGGAACAACUUUGACUUCGGCAAAGGGCUGGCUCCUCCCGUGGCGCUCGCAACGGCUUCGUCUCUUGCAUUUUGUGGAUGGACUGCGCGCAACACUCGCGCUACAGGCCUGAAGGACGGAAGGUUGUUCUUCUUGUCAGCAGCUCUCACAAUAGCGAUUGUUCCCUUCACAAUCAUCUUCAUGGGCUCAACGAACGCCAAGCUGCUCAGUCUCGCGAAGAAGGAGGAAUUGACCGCUUCUGAGGGACAGGAUGGCGAAGCGCUUCUGAACAAGUGGGCAUCUAUCAACGGCGUGAGGAGUCUUUUGCCACUUGCUGGCGCUGUGCUCACCGGCGCUUUGAUAUUAGCAUAGACCGACGAAUGUAAUGAUAGUAAACGCGUAUCCGCGCCGAGUACACCCUCCAUGUUGGGUGUCUAAUGUCAUUCCUCUUGCUACUACGACUCUGAGUGGUCUAGAGCCCCUGUACACCCCGACAAAGGCCUAUGGACCUACAUCUGCUAGUGGGACAGGGCUUUUUGAGGGGGUGCUUUAGCCUUGCGCACAUACGACGGUACCCACAAAGGCUCCAGACUGGCCUACC